UGUUCCGAAUGUAUAAAAACAAAUAUGGCGGGUAAUGUGGAACGGCCUCUUAACCCUCUCCGUAAAAAUCGACGUACUUCAAGUCUUUCUGAGUCAGAAUAUGAAAUUGUCAAUGACACGGGGAAUAUGGGAUAUGAAUUUCCGAUCUCGGAGCACAUGUCUCGCCGCGAGAACAGAAAGCUGUGGGAGCUGAACUACCAGGAGGCCGCCAUAUUUCUCCAGGAGGGAGAAAAUAACGACAAGUUCUACACGCACCCCCGGAGUUGUAAUGCCCUGCCAGCCUAUCAGAUUGCUCAUCAUCAGUGGUUUAAAGUCCUGGACCUUGUCGCUGCUCUUGGUCUCCUUUUCCUGGCUGCAUGUGAACGGCCGGCCGUGCCAUUUCUAACUUUACCAGUUGGUGUCCAUGGUUCUCUAGAGAUUCUGGGGCAACUAAUCCUGGCUCUGCAGUUAGCCAUCAAGUUAAGGUGGCUUGGCUGGAAGACAUUCUUCAAACACAAGAGGACAGCAAUCAAGUCGUUUACGCUGACGAUCAUGUUUAUUGAGUCUGUUGUUGUUCUGAUUCGUCAGACGAAUCACUUCCGGGUCACGAGGGCACUCAGGCCGCUCUUCCUUAUUGACACACAUUACUUCAGAGGGGUCAGAAGAAUCAGCCGUCAGAUCCUGAUGUCCCUGCCUCCAAUCCUGGAACUCAUAUUUCUCCUCAUGUUCUUCAUCCUGAUAUUCUCUAUACUUGGGUUUUACCUGUUUUCUGGUGUACCAAAUGACACAUACUUUAGCACGAUCCAGGACAGCUUCAUCAGCCUGUUUGUGUUGUUGACAACAGCAAAUUUUCCUGAUGUAAUGAUGCCUGCAUACGCUGAUUCCCGCUGGAAUGCCGCCUUCUUCAUUGUGUAUCUGGCCUUAGUUUUGUAUUUCCUUAUGAAUCUGUUAUUGGCUGUUGUUUAUGAUACAUUUUCAAAUCUGGAAAAGAGAAAGUUAAAGAGGCUAUACUUUCACAAAAGAACAGGUUGUCAGCAUGCUUUUAAACUCCUUGUUACAAAACAGGAUAACAACAAAGUCAAUAUUGGGAACUUCAUGGGGAUGCUCAAGUACUUCAAACCUAAAAAAAAGCGACUUGAAGCCUAUUUGUCCUUCAAAACCCUGAACACAUCCAAGGUCGGCAAACUGAGCCUGGAGGAGUUUUACAGUGUGUUUAGUGUCCUUGACCUUCAGUGGAAGCCCAAGCAAGAAGAGUUCCAGAUAUGGUCAUCAAAUUUUAGACAUCCUUUCAACUUUAUUUUUAGAAAAUUAAAUGAUUUCAUUAAUUGGCGAUGGUUUGAGGUAUUUAUAUAUUUAGUGAUUGCAGCCAAUUUUAUAUGGAUUCUGGUGGAGACGAUAUCACUCUCUAAAAAGAACAUUGAUGUUAAACAUUACAACUUUACAAUCACUUGGGCUUCCAUCAUUUUUGUGUGCAUAUAUACCAUGGAGGCCUCAAUAAAAAUUCUUGCCAAAGGUCCACUUGAAUAUUUUACAACAGGAUGGGAUGUGUUUGAUUUCCUGGUAACGGUGACUAGUGUUAUAGGUUUACUAGGAGAGUACUUUAAUGAUUCUUUCUUCUACAUCACUGUCCUUAGACCAUUCAGACUUCUCAGGUUGUUUAAGAUGAAGAGAAGUUAUAGGGAUGUACUAGGGACGCUGUUCAUUCUCUUCUCUAGGCUCCUCAGUCUAGUGGUUGUCAUCAUGCUAGUCUACUAUUUCUUUGCCAUUAUUGCCAUGGAGUGCUUCCUAUACGUUGAUCUCAAAAAUUGCUGCAAAAACACCAGUGUAGAAGCAUUCUACAAGUUUAGCAACAACACCAACAGUUUGGGAUAUUAUUACCUCAAUGACUUCAGUAAUAUACUCAUAUCUGGUGUGACGCUGUUUGAGCUAACAGUGGUCAACAACUGGUUCAUAAUAAUGGAAGGAUUCGCUCAUCACACGGGAGAGGUGUCCAGGACGUUCUUUAUGACGUUCUACAUCGUUAUGAUGGUUGUCAUGACAAUUGUUUUAGCCUUCAUUCUGGAGUUAUUUUUGUUCCGUAUUCAGUACAGAAGAAAACUCAAACUGGAGGACAUUGAUGACCAUGCCAAGCAGACUGAACAUGUGUACAUCAGUGAUGAAGAGAAAAUGAUGUGUGAGAACCCUGACUAUAAAUGGACAGGUCGAUACAUAGCAUUACAGAGAAACUCCACAGAACUACAGACCCCCUACCUGUACAAGGGAGAAAGACACAGGAACAAAGAAGACUUUAGUCUCAGGAUGUAUGGGGAUGAGGUCAAGAGUUGGUUGGAGGAGGAGCAGGAGAGUCGUGAGCAGACCAUUCACACGAUGACGGAACUCAGGAGGCGGAGUCGACCUAACGCUGACCUCGAGGAUCUCGACGAGGACGUCAUUCCUAGCUCCUCAUUCUCAAUCCCUGUAGCUGAAAACAUCCAAGAAGCAGGGCCACAACCCUAGCUUGCUUUUAGGAGAGAAAUAACAAUGAUAUGGGUUAGGUCACAUAAUGGUCUCUGAUUUACUUAUUUUAAUUUAAUAUGUUUGUAGAUAUAUGAUGUUCUAGUUUAUUUAAUGAAGUUGAACCAAAGUCAAGGGUGCUCCACAGUCCCAGGAUUUGGACAGUCAUUUUUAAUCAUCUUUUUUCUGUGAUCAAGUUCAAAUGGUGCCAAAUUGUCUUUAAUAUUUCAUUUCAAGCAGCCUCCUUACGUUUCAUAUUCAGGAGGUACUUUCAGUAUGAGUGUGUAAAUUGAAUGCUUUGUGUUGAUGAAGAAAGAGAAGUUUUCUCAUAUUGAGAGGAAUUAGUUUGUGUCUGACAAAAAAAGAAUAUUCUACAUGCUUCAUGUAAGUACAGCAGUCAAACCUGUAUUAAGGGUCCUCCUCACCCCAUGACCUGUGAAGUAUAUAGGGAAAAAAAUACUUUCAGUUUUAUAUAAAUUGUGCACUGACAUUUCUCUGGCACCAUCUGUAAGAGAGUCUUA